UUUAGUACCUUCAUACAGGAUCUAAUUUUAUUCUUACUCAUAAGUAAGAGAAAUAUAAGAUCCAAAAAUAUUCACUGACUCUCAGCUGUCAGCUGGCCUGGUUCAUUUCUGCAAAACUAAUUCCCGUCUGUUCUGAACUCUGAUUGGGCUCUACAUAAUGUUUCAAACAUUCCUCAGAUUCGCUGAACCAGUCUGGAAUAUUUUAAGAAUAAGCAAGUUGCAGUCAAUUCUAUGAGAGAUAAAGUCCCCCACUUGUUACUGGGGAGGGGCAAUUCAAUAAUCCCGUCAGUGUAACUGAAGUUUGCCGUGUAAAUGAACCCUCCAGUUUGCUGUGACAUUCUCAGUUGUGUAACGUUUGCACCUUUUAACCACCUUCCCCCCCCCCACUCACAUGUAAAACAUUCAAACCCAGGAAUGUUGAGCUGCCAGCCCUGUCUAUCUGACACAUACUCCUAAUGUUUUGUGUCGGAUAGACCGUUGGAAAUUGGCGAGUGUGGUAAAGUGAAGGCGAAGCUGGACGAUGAGAGGCCGCUCUCGGCUCUGUCCGUCACUCUGACUCUGUCUCCUCCCUUCCCCGCCUCUGUCUCUCUGCACGUUUCUCGGGCAGGUCGGGGCGCUGUGUAUAAAAGGAGACAUCAGCAGUCGGUUUGUCACUGAGCAGUGACCCGAGUGAAGCAGCAUCAUGUCUGGCAGAGGGAAAGGAGGCAAAGGACUGGGCAAAGGCGGAGCCAAACGGCACCGUAAAGUGCUCCGGGAUAACAUUCAGGGCAUCACCAAACCGGCCAUCCGGCGUCUGGCUCGCCGUGGCGGCGUCAAGCGGAUCUCGGGUCUGAUCUACCAGGAGACCUGCGGGGUGCUGAAGGUUUUCCUGGAGAAUGUGAUCCGGGAUGCGGUCACCUACACUGAACACGCCAAGCGCAAGACGGUCACUGCCAUGGAUGUGGUGUACGCUCUGAAACGCCAGGGCCGCACUCUCUAUGGCUUCGGCGGCUGAAAAACUCCCACUUCCUCCCGAGCACAACACAAAGGCUCUUCUAAGAGCCACCCACCGCCUCACAGACGGAGCCGUGUCCACUACCCUUUAACUAUUUUUAUCGAUAUAUUUGACUGAGUUACUUUUGAAGCAGAUUAAUCCGUUCCGCUUGAAGUAUCCCUGCAAUUCUGCCUUUUCAGUUGGUGAAUACGGCAGAAGCUCGGAAUGGAUUAAGAUCGAUCAGCAUCCCCUUGUCUGUCUCGGACAGAAAUCAGUUCCCUCAUUCAGAGA